AUGCGAUCUCAGUGUUGUAGUGAGGACACCUCAUCCGGCAAUCUCCCGUACGUAGUAGCGUUGCUGUCUGCUGUGGCCACGGCUAUUUUGGUAUUGGCUGUUGUAUUUGUUGUGCAGAAGCAAAGCAGGCAGCGUCAACGAGAUGAGAAACUUAUGGUCGAGAGAGCUAUCGCAAAGAUCCGGAAA